AUGAAACGCCAACGUUGUAGGGUCUCUUGUAUUCAGAACUCUGACGGGGAAGAAUCGGAGAUUGUUAAUGAGGGUGUCCGGUUUUUUAAGUCUUUGCUCUUAGAAGAGUUAUCUAUUUUUAAUGAUAAUUUUGCCUCUUCCAUUCCUAAGCUUAUAACGGACGAGGAUAAUGCAAUGCUCAUGGCUCCUUUUUCCAUUCAAGAAGUCAAAGAUGUUGUCUUCUCAAUGUCGCCGGAUAAGGCUCCUGGUCCUGAUGGUUUUAAUGCUCUCUUCUUUCAAAAAUGCUGGUCUUUUCUUGGGGAGGAUCUUCGUUUGGGGGGCUUUGUCCCUGGUAGGGAGACGACAAAAGGGGCUACUGUGGCCCAUGAGAUUCUUCAUUCCAUCUCUCAGUUAUCUAUUCCGGCCAUGAUUCUCAAGUUGGAUAUGAUGAAGGCUUACGACAGGGUAAAUUGGCAGGCACUCUUGACUGUGCUCAAGAAAUUUGGGUUUGGAAUUAAAUGGUUGAAAUGGGUUCAGGCUUGUAUAAGCAUGGCUAGGUUCUCAAUAAUUUUGAACGGUUCUCCAUGUGGUUUUUUUGCCUCGUCUAGAGGCCUUAGGCAAGGGGAUCCAUUGUUGCCCUUUUUGUUUAUCAUUCUGGUUGAAGCCUUUAGUAGAGCCAUUUCAUUUGCCAGGGAGAGUGGCUUGUGGAAGGGGAUUUCCAUCCCUCAUAUGCCCACGAGUCAUACUCAUUGCUUAUUCGCGGAUGACACAUUACUGUUUGGCAAAGCUACUAUGGGGGAAGCUCAGACCAGAUUGUCUCGAUUUUGGGGCUUCUCUGUGGGUCAAUUUCCUUGUAAAUAUUUAGGGUUGCCGUUUUAUAUUGGUUCAGAGAAGCAUAAUUUUUGGGAACGGGUUUCAGGGGUUAUCUCAUCCAGGAUUCUUUCUUGGUCUCACAAUUGGUUAACUUUUUCUGGUAAAAUUGUGCUUAUUAGAGUUGUUUUAAAUGCAGCUCCUAUCUAUCUGUUAUCCAUUUUGAAGGCUCCUAAAAAAUCCAUGGUUGCUCUUCGAUCAAUUGUAAGAUCUUUUUUAUGGAAUGAUAAUGUUAAUAAGAAAAAUAGGAUCUCCCUGUUGGCUUGGGAUAGGGUUUGUGCUCCUAGGGAAAAAGGAGGUGCUGGGAUUAAGGAUCUAGACUCCUCAGGCUCCCUGCCUGUGGCUAAAUGGAAAUCAAUUGAUUCUCUUCCGUUGGAUCAAGACAUUAAGUUUGCAUUUGUGGAUGAGCUUAAGAAACGCCCAUUACUCUUCUGGGAGAAGGAUGAUGAGAUCAUUUGGACUUAUUCAAAAUCAGGGGAAUACUCGGUCAAAGAAGGAUAUAAUUUUUUGUCUUUAGAUGUUAAAAGGGAUGAUUUGCCAUUUAAGCAGAAGUCGAUUUCGGAGACUGUCUUGGCAUUCAUCUAUAAAGGUUCUAGUCUGCAUAAUACUUUCACACCUUGGGAUAAUUGGGUUACCAAACAUUGGGCAACCUUGCAAACACUCCCUUUGAGUGGUGCAAUUUCUCAACCGCGCCCUUUAGUAAAUAGAGAGGAAGUGGUUUGGUUGCCACCUCCGGCUUCAAAAGUUAAAUUGAACUUUGAUGGAGCUUCUCAUGGCAAUCCUAGUAAUUCUACCAUUGGGAUUGUGGUCUCUGAUGACAAGGCUGGUAUCAUAAAAGCUCAAUGUCAAUGUAUUGCCUAUGGGACUAACAAUGUGGUUGAACUUCAUGCUCUUUCCACGGGUCUUGAUUUGCUUCUUUCGUUACAUUUGUUGGAUGUUGUUAUUGAGGGUGAUUCUCAAGUAGUUUUUUACAUGGUUACUAAUCGCUCAUCCCACUCCUGGCAUUUAAAGUAUUGGUUGGAUAGGAUUCUUGAUCAACUUGAUUUGUUUAAUUCCUUCACUAUGGUUCACUGUUUUAGGGAAGCUAAUAAGGUGGCAGACUUCCUGGCUAAUAAAGCAUUGGAUGAGGAUAUCCAAUGCUUGGUUGAGGUGGCCUCCAGUUCUUUACCUCCUCAUCUGGUUUAA